AUGAAACAAGCGGCGGAGGAGGAGAAGAAACUGAGAAGAGGGUGCGAGUGAAGACUUGAGAAACAUUCUGCCUGGCUUGCUCUCUGUCUUGCUACAGUGAUUGCCUAGGAGCGAGCUAAAGGAUAUUGCAUUUUUCCUGUCACCUUUCAGAACCAAUCCUACCCUACCCUCACAACCUAAGCUAUUCUUAACUACAAAAAUUGCGCACGAAUUGGGAAGCCUGAUUGCAUUGUGUACCUCAUUCAACGGUGUUUUCUCUCUCCCUCCCAGCCAGCGGUUAUCACCCUCCAAUGAGCUCCAGAUUUAACCAGGCGCUUGCGCGCAUUGAUGACGCUCAUCGAGAGGAUCCGAAAAUCGUCACCGUGGACGGUUCUGAAGUCGCAUACGAGCUCCACUAUGCGAAUAAAAUGACGAAGUACCUCGAAAAGCGCGCCUCUUCUGCGUCCGAAAUGCUCAAGCUGGCUGUACGCGCGCAGCAUCUCCGCCGCUGGGAAGUCCCCAGAUCGUCCUACCCAAUGACCAGACCGGGCUACUUCGCUUGGAGGAAUGCACUGAAGAAUCAGCAGGCUGAUAUUGUCAAAGAUAUUUGCCUCGAUUGCGGGUAUGAUGCAGCGGAGGCGGGGCGCGUUGCCUCAUUGGUUCGCAAAGAAAAUAUGAAGCAGGAUGAGGAGUGCCAGGCCUUGGAAGAUGUAGCAUGUCUCGUAUUUUUGGAUGACCAAUUGGAGAAGUUCGAGAAAGAACAUGACGAGGAGAAGAUUGUGAGCAUUCUAAGGAAAACUUGGGCGAAAAUGUCAGCGAAGGGACAUGGAUUAGCCUUGCAGAUUGAAAUGUCGGACCGCGCAAAGGAGCUCAUUACGAAAGCUCUAUCUCUGUGAAUUUGGAUUCGGGCACAGAUGCUGCAUUGUUCAUUUGCAGGCCCACUACCAAGAACCAAGAACCGUGCAACAGAAACUGCAAGUGACGCCAAUAUACUAAAAUUUCAAUCAAUCAAAACGGAUGCGAAAUAAGCCCACACUAUGGACACGGGUUUUGGUCCUAAUGUGAAUUCGAAACUGUAUCUAGGUAGGUAGAUCCAAGUACGAGUAACGACAGUCGGGGAACCAAAAUAACAUCUGGGGCUUUUGACCUAUCCACCAUGUUCUGUAUUAUCAAUCAGUCGAACCAAAGCAACUGCUGCCCCCGCAGCCACUCCUCCGACCAAAACCAUCUGAACUCCACCCUUUAAACCGGCUACGACAUUGUCUCUUCCCUUCCACCCUCGCACAAUGCCCGUUUUGAUAUAGCCAAACACCAACAGCGUAAUAGCCAUAACUCCUACGCUAUACUUGAGCGCUGUCAAAACCUGAUUGCAGAUAAUGUAUGGGAUGAGCGGUAUAAAUCCUCCAACGAAGUACCCUAUAGCAAGUGUGAUUGCAGAGAUAUAAGCUUGGUUGCGAUCUGGUUCAGGUUGUUUAUGGUAAAAUGCCAGCAGGAAUUCCAUCAGCUGCUUGGGGGAGCUGUGCAAUGUCGAACUCAUCUCUGAAACCGGAUGAUCGGGAAGACUAUAGGGAGCAAACACUUCUCUAACCAUUGACGUUGUCUCGCAAGAGCAUGAAGAGACAAGAUCGGUUACCUCGCGCUUGGCUGUCUCGUAUGAUUCUCUAAUAAAGGAAAGGUAACGGGUCAGCUUCGAGUCGUGAACCUGGAACCUUUGAUUUGAAAAACGCUCACAUUUCGCUUCUCGCACCCACAUAACCGCCCAGCCCCAUCGAGAUGGCCCCAGCAACGAGCUCUGCCAGGCUGCCCAGGACUACAACUUUCGUAUUGCCGAAAGCUGACAGUCCAGCACUCAAAGCGAAAGGCACCGUAAGGCCAUCUGAUAAGCCCAAUAUUGCAUCUGAUAUUACUCUAGGAUUUACCCUGCUACGUGAAGCCUGACUCUCGUCCGAAUCAUUGCUUCUGGUACGUGUGCAGGGGACAGUUCGGUACUGCAGCCAGUCUUGCGCCUCGGGGUCGGGAUCGCCUGCAGCGCGUCGCUGACACCUUCCGUGCGUACGGGGAAGCAGAGGUUCUCCUAAACAAAUUCGUUCAUUCUCGCAUGAGUUAUCAAGGCAUGCGCACGAGGGGACGGGGAUAACGGGGUACUUACUCGCAUCCUGGCUUGAAGAUCGGUGUUUCGAAAACUGAUCGUCGCCCGACGUGGUUCUACCAUUGUUUGGUGCCAUCCACGAAAAUAUGUUGCGCAGAAGGGCCAUGCACGUUCUCUCUUAAAGUUAUUGAUGGCGCCUUAGGGCAUAUCACCGGAGAGCAGGCAGAUCGGGUCGAAGAAUAGGCGUGGGAAGUCUAUAUCAAGAGGGCGUGGCGCACUAUCGAUAUCGUAGAGCUAAGGACGAUAUCAGGAGAUGAAUUGUAUAGGAUGCCUUAAGUAAAAGAGACGGCCAACGAGCGGUUGGAUGAUGUGUCAAGUUUGAGUUUUUUCUUCCUUACCCCCGUUCAACAUCAUUUUAUCUUUGUCUACCCUGCCAUUUAUACCUUGCCACCUCCCCGUGUGGUCCCAUCCUCCAACGUCAAAAGCUUCGGUUGAGCUUCCAUAGAAUUUCCAAUUCCAAACCUUGUUAGAGCCCCAGCCAAUCAGCACAGCGAUAAAUGUAAGUCAUUUGAUUUUAUGCGUCAGGAAUAUUCAAACGAAUCAAAGUCUAGUUUUAUCUCAGUAAAACUCAAGAGUCCCCCGCUCAAAAAGCAGCAUUCAACUUAUAGCGGCAUUAAAUCAUUUCUACCAUUUCUACACUAACUAGAUUAGAAAGUGAUAUCACAUAAUCUGAGCUUACUCAAUUUCUAACAGAGUGUAGAAGAUGUUAUCAACUGUGCCAAGUGCAUCUCACUAUGUAUGUAUGUGCUGUACAUUCAAAUAUAUUUCUUGUUCUUCCAGGUUCGUUUCAGGCACCUCCUUCUCGCUUCGCAUACUCCUCCUCCAUGCGCUCCUCAAACAAUCGGUCUGCUUCCUCCUUGCUCAGUUGUCCGUUUCCUGAUUGUCCAGUCGUAUGCGAUGAUGGAUCUGCAGUGGUUGUGGAACCCGGCUGUGCUUGUUGCGGUUGUGGGGGCGAUUGCGAUUGCGAUUGCUGCUGCUGCUGGUGCGAGGUAGAGGACGUGGAUCUGGUGCCAGCCCCUAAAGACGAGGUAUUGAGCGGGAUGGGCAUAUUGGUGCGAGUAGUGGGAGUGUUUGUGUUUUUAUUUGAUAGAUUGCAAAUUUGGGUUGAGUUCUCUAUGUUUGGAAAAAUAUGUAGGGUAAAAUGGUUCCCUUCGCAACAGGAUAGGUGGCAGAUUGUGGUCUUUUAUAGUGGCUUUCUGUGGCAAUUCACAGAGGAUGGCCUUCGAAAAGUUGCCUGUCCAGUCUUACAAGGAUCCUCUAA